AUGUGUUGUAGGUGCUGCAGUGUUCGCCAGCAAAAGAUCUGGGUCUUCACUGUGGGAGGUCUGAUCCUGGUCAUUGGGAUAUUUCUGAGCACAGCCUGGCCAGCUGUAUUGCGCCAAUGGAUUCGCAGUAUUAUGCCUUUGGCUCCCAACUCCUUCAUCUACAAACGAUGGGUGACCACGCCCACGCCACUAUAUAGCACAAUUUACCUAUUUAACUGGACUAAUCCAGAGGAUUUGAACACCGAGGGUGUUAAGCCCAACUUUGAGCAACUGGGACCGUACACUUUCAGUGACUUUAAGGUAAAGGAGGAUUUGAAGUGGAAUCAGCCAGAGGUGACCUAUUAUGGCAAACGCACCUGGCACUUUCUCCCCGAAAAGUCAAAUGGCUCUCUUGAGGAUGUGGUUAUAGCUCCACAUUUUCCAACUUUGACAGCUGCUUUCUACUCGCGCCGAUUACGCCGCAUCUUGCGCAAGGUCAUGAACUUUGCCCUCAAUCGCGAGGGUGGCGCCACCCACAUGACCCACACAGCUGGUCAGUGGCUUUUCGAUGGCUACUAUGACCAUCUGCUUGACUUUGUGGAACAGCUGCAUUCACCUUUGCUGCCAGUUUACAGCAACACCUUUGGCUGGUUUUACGAGAGGAAUAAUUCCAAAACGGCAGAGGGAAAUUUUACAGUACACACUGGCCAUGGAGAUCUCAGCCGGAUGGGAGAUCUUCUCCUAUGGAAUGGAAAGAAUUCAACUGGAUUUUAUCCCGGCGAAUGUGGCAAGGUCAAUGGCAGCACGGGGGAACUUUGGUCGCCUGACAGGACCUGGGAUCAGCCCACCUCCAUUUUCCUAUCCGAUGCAGCGCGUUAUUUGAAUCUUUACCCCAAGGAAAACCUCACCGUCGAUGGCAUAGAUGUCUGGCGAUAUGAGUCCACCAAUCGAACUCUCGACAAUGGCCAAUUGUCGCCGGACACUGAAUGUUUUUGCCUCAAGAAUCGCGAGUGUCCGCGCAACGGUGUCUUGGAUUAUGGACCUCCCGCCUUUAAUGGCCCGUUCUAUAUGUCCCAUCCACACUUCUACCUUACGGACGAAAUGUACAGGGAGAACACCACUGGUUUGCAGCCCGAGGAGUCCGAGCAUGGCAUGUUCGUCAUAAUGGAGCCCACUCUUGGAAUUCCACUGAACCUGAGGGGGCAGCUUAUGAUUAGCACGAAAGUAGUACGCGAUGAGGCCAUUGACUUGUUCAAGGAUGUGGCCUAUGAUCACUAUGCGCCCCUUUUCACCAUGAAAAUCCAUGCGGAAUUAGAUGAAGGACUUACAAGCUUACUUAAACUUGCCCUAAAUGCUGGGACUAUUGGUAUGUAUACGGGAAUCGGAUUACUUCUCCUGGGACUAUCAGUAAUGAUAAUAGGCAUAUUUGUCACAAAGAAUCACAAGUGGUACAACGAACAAAAGGCCGAGGGCUGUGAUAAACCCAAAGUGGCUGACAAACAAGUCAAAUGCACUUAA